UAUGAACAUGUGCUGAUGUAUUGUGUUUGGCUUCCUGUUUUCAGAGACUCGGAGGUUGUGGAUCAUUCUCCUGUCCAUCACAGAGCCCACUACCAGCAGCAGCAGCAGCGGACUGCCUCCCUGUCACCCUGCAGCCUCUCUGCGAGGGGGGAUUAUGGGGAAGACGACAUGUCUGCCAGGUUCACAGAGGGGCAGGAUGUGCUGGCCAGGUGGUCCGACGGCUUGUUCUAUUUGGGAACAAUCACAAAGGUUGGUGUAAAGCCAGGUGACGAAGAAGAAGACAAGGACGAUGAGGACGAUGACAUCGCCUGCUCUAUAUGCCAGGACGAGACGUCGGAGGAGCCCAAUGAGAUCGUCAUUUGUGACCAGUGUGGUCAAGGCUACCAUCAGAUGUGUCACUCUCCCAUCAUCGAUGCUGCCGUCAUCGACUCCGACGACAAGUGGCUGUGCUCAGAAUGUCGGCUGGCGUCUCUGUCUGAGGUAGGAGCUGGAUGUGACGAAGAAGAAGACAAGGACGAUGAGGACGAUGACAUCGCCUGCUCUAUAUGCCAGGACGAGACGUCGGAGGAGCCCAAUGAGAUCGUCAUUUGUGACCAGUGUGGUCAAGGCUACCAUCAGAUGUGUCACUCUCCCAUCAUCGAUGCUGCCGUCAUCGACUCCGACGACAAGUGGCUGUGCUCAGAAUGUCGGCUGGCGUCUCUGUCUGAGAGGGGGAGCGCAGAGGAAGAUCAUGAGGAGCAACACAUGGCGUUUCAUCAGUCCUUUCCAUAUUCUCUGAAGGAACUAGUGUGGGAUCAGGGUCAUAAGAUGAACAUGCAGCAAUGCUACUGCUACUGUGGAGGACCAGGACAUUGGUACCUGAAGAUGCUGCAGUGCAACAGAUGUCGGCAGUGGUUCCAUGAGGAUUGCCUACACUGCCUGCAGACUCCACUGUUCAAUGGAGAUAGGUUUUACGUCUUCGUGUGCUCAGUGUGCAGCGGUGGAACAGAGUUUAUUGAGCGUCUCCCUCUCAGCUGGGCUUCAAAAAUAGCGAUGGACUCGUACAUCCGCCGAAUGCUUGCUAGCACACCAAGAUCGAAGCGGUAUAAAAAAGUUUUAGAGGCCUUAAACAGCAACAGUUACACGUUCAUGUCGGGGAAGGAGGUGAAGAAAAAGAAGCACUUGUUUCGCCUGAGAGUCUUUUUCCCCCCUACCCCCCCUAACUGUUCUGAACCCACAUAUACGGUGAUGGGGGAGCCGCUGCAGAUCACCAUCAAGGGAUGGAAGCCGGUGAAGAGCUCCUUCGACAGGAAGAGCUUUGGGACUUUAACCAAUGGCACAGAAAAGAAGAAAAAGAAGAAGAAAAAAAAGAAAAAGAGGAAGCAAGAGACGUUGGCAGAAGCACAGCGGCCCGAUGAGAUGCCCCUGGAAAGCAGAAAAGCGGACGCCCCUGCACUGGAUCAUCUGACCUCCGUUAACAGCAGGAGCGACAAGCCUCUCCUCUCAUUGCAGUCUUCUGAUGUGGAAUCCAUCGGUGCCGUCAGCACCUCAGAAACUACCUCAACAAGUCUUUCCAGACCGUCCAGUCUCUACAGUUCCAACAAGAUGCAAACUGCUACCUGCAACAUGCCUUUCUCCCCUCCACCUUUGAAACGGAAACGCGGCCGACCGCGGCGAAGCCCAAAGCCCCCCAAACCUGAACUCCCCCCUCCCCCCAGGCUUCCAGACACCGACGGCUCAGCCACGGAGCUGCUGAGCGCCCUCCCAGGACUCCACCCCACGGACAUAGUCCACGGCAUGGACCCCAACACCCAGCUCUCGCACCUCAAGAGCUCCAUCAGCAGCUACUUCGGGGUAGCGGGGCGUCUGGCGUGCGGGGAGAGGUAUAAAGUCCUGGCCCGACGGGUCACCGCCGACGGCAAGGUGCAGUACCUGGUGGAGUGGGAAGGAGUCACUGCCUCAUAGGCGGGUGGACGGAAUCAACGGCAUCUCAGAAAAAUGCCACGGAUCGGACUGGACCGGUAAUGGUUUCUAUGGAGUCCAUUUUAUUCCGUUCUUUUGAAAAUACGGAGCAGAAUGUUAAAGUUUAAAAAAAAAA